AUGGCUCUGCAUCUUCUUUUUCAACCCAGUUUCAGCCAUUUUGCUUUGGAAGCCAUCCCGGCACAAAUGGACUACCAGGUAUGCAUGGCAUGCCGGGAUCUGCUGGCGCACCCGGCCGUGAUGGACGAGACGGAGCCAAAGGCGACUUGGGCACCCCAGGGAAGACAAAGGCGACAAUGGGUCUCCUCGACUGACUUCAUACAUGAACUGCAAGGAGUGUGUCUGGAAAAGACGAGACGACAAGGAUUCUGGAGAAAUUUAAAUCAAGUCAUUUUAGUCCGUGAAGAAAUCUAUUUUACAAACUCCCAACGAAGCACAAUUUUUUCUCCUUAGAAUAUAGUGAAUAAUUUCUUUCUUUCUUUUUCACGCAGCACUGUACCUUCAUGAAGAAGUACACAGACACUGCUCUCCAUGUUUACUUUGCUGGUAACUUUAAAACGACAUCUUGUAGCGGCUCCUGUAGUCGGUUGUAUUUCACCUUCAACGGCAAUGAGUGUAGCUCUCCUGGAACUAUUGACGGUGCAUUCUACCAGGAAACAGCCACAAAUCAACGUCACAGACACAUUGAAGGCCACUGCCAUAACAUAAAGAGGGGAACAGUGCGAGUUGGACUCUCAGUUGGAAAGUGCGUCACCGGCGACAAGGUUGCAGACUCUUACCGGUUGGCAUUCAAUGAGUCGUAUCUUCAGAUUGAGGAAGUGUCGAAACCACAGCAGUAA